AUGGUUCGUGUUCUGGCCAUUCUCGGAGCCAUCGCCUUCGGCCUCGGCUGUGCGGAUGCCACUGUCUUCCCAUACACAUCAGUUUGCGAACAAAUCAACGGAAAUCUCACCAGUGCGAGUGAUGUGAUCUUCCCAAUCCAGGCGGUCACGUACCAGAAAGAGACCCAACAUUGGUUCCUAUCCUCAGAUCAAAACCCUUCCUGUGUGGUUCGCGUUGGGUCCAGUCAAGAUAUCUCCAGAGUUCUUCAGAUCAUCCGAGACACAAAGACCCCUUUUGCCGUCCAGUCUGGGGGCCAUGCCUCCAAUCCAGGCUUCUCUAGCACCACAGGCGUCCACAUUUCCCUAUCACUACUGGACCAGGUAGUCCUUUCUCCCGACAAGAAGACGGCGGAAAUUGGGUUCGGCCAGACCUGGGCCGAUGUCUAUGACAAGCUUGAACCACACGGACUCAACGUCGUAGGAGGGAGGGUGAUUGGACCUGGUAUCGGUGGCUUCACUCUAGGAGGCGGCUAUUCAUGGAAGACGAAUCAGUUCGGGCUUACCUGUGAUACGGUCGAGCUCUUCAACAUUGUCCUUCCGAACGGCACAGUCACCACGGCGAGCCCAAGUUACAAUCAAGACCUAUUCUUUGCCCUCAAGGGCGGCAAGAAUCGCUUUGGUAUUGUGACCUCCGCAAUUUUCCGAACUCACCCCCAAGGUCGAGUCUGGGGUGGACUCCGCAUCUACCCCUCUACCUCUGUCCCAGCCCUUCUCAACGCCACGCGUCUCUUUCAAACGGAGAACACGGAUCCCAAGGCGGGACUCAUCACCACUCUCGAGGGUGGCGCCCUUGGCACUACGGCGCUUGUUCUCAUGUUUUACGAUGGCCCUGAGAAGCCCCCCAUUUUCGACCUCUUCGAUGGCAUCCCUUUUCUGGUUAGCGGGACGCUCCCCAAUCGCAAGUGGACCAACUUCAUCGCCAGCUUUCCCGCCGAGCUGAAGCUGAACCUCCGGGGAACCUUCGCCAGCGUGUCGACUUCGACACUGACCACGAGGUUCCUGGACGCCAUCAAGAAUGAGACGGACUCGAUUGGGUUGACCAAGGGCUUGAAGACCGGCACGACAGUGUCAUACGACAUAGAACCUUUCACCCAGUACGGUGUACAUGCCACCGACAGCGCUUUCCCCCACGCUGACUCCCCUCUGCCUCUGAAUCUUUACUUCUCCUGGGCCAGCGCUGCCCACGAUGAGUAUUGGUAUAACCGGAUGAAGCAGUCGAUUGCUACGCUUAAGCAGGUGGCUAUUGAGGAGGGUAUCUACUCAGAAUCCUUCACUUCGUAUCCAAACUAUGCGAUCUCGGGGACAACGGCAGAGGAGCUCUACGGCGAGGCUAAUGCGGAGAGACUGAGAGAGAUUAGAGACAUCUAUGACCCCGAAAAGGUCAUGGAUCUUGCGGGGGGAUUUGAGAUUUGA